UAAUAUGUUAAUAUAUUCCACCCUGUAGUACUACUCUUCUCUGAUAAAGUUUAUAUAUAUAUACAUAUAAUUAACAUCUCCUCCAUUGAUUACUUCAUGUAUCAUCAUCAUCAUAAUCUUUCUUGGUUGAGUUAAUUUGCAUCAAGAAGUUGUGUAGCGAAAAACUCGAAUUCGAAUUGCGCCGAGAUCGAUUGGUUGAUAUUGGAAAGAUUUAUGGCGAGCCACGGGAACAACGAUAUCGAGAAUCUCAAGGCGACCGAGCUAACCCUACGGCCUCCGGGCAGUGACAUGCCGGAGAAACCGACGACGAUGGCUACGAAAUGCAACAAGCGACCGAUACCCGACUCCGACGACGAGUCUUGUCGAUCGAGGAUGGAUGAAACCGAGGAGAUGGAGCGCAAGAUUUUGGCUCCUCCGCCUAAGGCGCAAGUAGUCGGAUGGCCACCGGUGCGGGCGUAUCGAAUGAACAGCUUUCGGGGGAGGAAGAGCGACGACGCGGAAGAAAACGCCGCGAAAUAUGUGAAGGUGAGCAUGGAUGGAGCUCCCUAUCUGAGGAAACUGGAUCUCAAGGUGUACAAGGGUUAUGAAGAGCUUAGAGGGGCAUUACAAGCCAUGUUCAAAUGCUUUUCCUCAGUGGGAAUGGAAGGGAGUGAUGAGUAUGAGUAUGCCAUCACAUAUGAAGAUAAAGAUGGGGAUUGGAUGUUGGUUGGAGAUGUCCCGUGGGAGAUGUUUAUCUCUUCAUGCAAGAGGAUGAGAAUAAUGAAAGGAACUGAAGCAAGAGGAUUAAGUUCAUGUGCAUAGAGGAACAAAUUCACAAUAGAGACACAAGCCAUGAAGAACUUUUUUUAAUUUAUUUACCUCUUGCUAUAUUAUUCUUUUUUUUAAAGAAUUUUUUUGGUUCUCCAGGUCCAUGAGAUUUGUUGGAGGAAGGUUAUAAUUUGAAUAAUUAUAAAUAUAUAUAUAUAUAGGGAAAAGUGAGAUAUUGGGGGGAACAAAUGGAUCGCGUGAGAUUAGGUGUAGCAUAGUUCUAAAUACUAUAUUUGCAGGCCUUUUCAUUUGUAUUCUGAGUAAUUUGUUUCCAUGUUUUGAAAUAAGUAUUUUCGUCGUCAAGGAAUUUAUUUUUAUAGAUAUUUUGUUCAA